AUGAAAUUGCCAGCUGUCUUACAUUCUCUCAAUGAUGAUACCAAACAAUGUAUUAUGGAAUGGGCGAAUAUGGUUCAAGCAAAACACAUCUCAGACGUUGUUGACAGUGAUGAUGAUGAUAAUAUAACUUAUUUUGGAGAUCCUCUUCUCAUAAUUGAAUGGAAUGAAACUGGGCUUAUUCAACGAAAUGUUCAAAAAAAUACUGUGGUGAAUUAUAUUCGUACAUUUCAAGGCUGUAAUCCUUUUCCAGGUCUUGGUCGACUUCCAUCAGGUUCUCUUUUCUAUAUUGUUGAUACUCAAAAUAUUGAGGCACAGCAAAUAAUCAAUAACAUUAUUUAUGGAUUACAACGAACGUACGCACGGAUAAAUGUACCAUCUUUAGGAAAGGUCUAUAGUGUGUUUGCGGAACGAAGAGAUAAACUUAAAGUUGGUGAAAUUUUAGGAGUUUUUUCCUUGUAA